CGCAGCCUCGACAAUGUGUGGCGUAUGCUCCCUUACCAACCACUCAAGGCUGAAAUUUGUUCCAACGCGAACAUCCAUCAAUCACUUGGUCUGGCGCAACUCCACCAAUUCCGCGAUACUUUGCGCCGGGUCGUUCAAUCCACCUCCACUAUCUCCGACGAGCAAAUAUCAUUCAUAAAGCAUCAAUCAUGGCUCAACAGCCCCUUCCCACGUCGAUGCAGCCCACUGACAUCUAUGGAGGAGAUGAGGUUUCUGCCCUCGUUCUCGAUCCUGGAUACUGCUACACUCGAGCUGGCUUCGCUGGUGAAGAUGUUCCCAAAUCUAUCCUCCCAUCGUUUUACGGCCACACAACCGGCGACAACCCUAAAGACCUGUUUGGCGAUGAGUGCCUCAUCCCUCGCCCCGACUUCGAAGUCCGCAACUACAUGAAUAAGGAUAGUGUGGUGGAGGAUUGGGAUGUUGCUGCUCGAAUUUGGGAGAACAUGCUUGUUAAGCGCUUGCAACCCGAACGACAAACACCUCCCUCGAAGAACGGUCUAAACGACGACCCCAAGGCAGAAGGCCAGGACGGAGAGGGCGAUGUGGCUAUGGACGACGCCGAGGCUGCCGAAUCUGCCGAGAAGCCCUUGGGCGAAAAUCCCCUCUUGAUUACAGAGGCUCCCUGGAAUACACCCAAGGCUCGUGAGAAGGCUAUUGAGAUCAUCAUGGAGAACUGGGGAUGCCCUGCCUUCUGGCUGAGUCGCACUCCGGUGUUGGCAGCAUUCGCCGCUGGCAAGGCUACCUCACUAGUUAUUGACGUGGGCGGUGCCAACACCUCGGUCACAGCUAUUCACGACGGCAUGGUGCUGAAGCGAUCUAUCCAGAAGUCUCCUGUUGGUGGUAUCUGGCUCUCUUCUCAGAUUCGAAAUCUCUUUGAAGCAUCAGAGCCCAAGGUCGAGCUGACACCCACCUUCAUGAUCGAGAACAAGACACCUGUCGACGCCCUGGCACCUCCUUCAGUCCGACUACGACACUUCCCCUUUCAGAUCAACGAUUCAUUCCGCGCAUAUGAGGAAGAGCGUGUGUUGACGGAAUUCAAGGAGUCAGUAGUAGAAGUCUGGCGAGGCCCCGGUCGUUACAGUGUUUCCGGCAAUGAGGAUUAUGUUAAGACGCAACCCGGCCGGGUAUUCGAAAUGCCUGACGGUUAUAACCAGAUGUGGCGCGAGCAGCGAUUCCGAGUGACAGAGGGCAUGUUUGACGAGACUGUUGGAUAUCAUGGCUCCGACUCUGAGCAACUCACCAAGGCGCAAACCAUCCCCGAGCUCAUCCGCUCUGCUUUGAACGCAGUUGACGUCGAUCUUCGAGGCAACCUCCUGGCUAACGUCGUCGUAACUGGUAGCACCAGUCUGAUCAACGGAUUCAACGACCGCCUGAACAACGAGUUGAUGGCGAUGUACCCUGGACUCAAGAUCAAGAUUCACGCGGCAGGUCUCACGAGUGAGCGACGCUUCGGUGCCUGGAUCGGCGGUAGCAUUCUCGCUAGUUUGGGCACUUUCCACCAGAUGUGGAUUUCGCGAAAGGAGUAUGAGGAGAAUGGACCUAAUGUGGUUGAGAAGCGAUGCAAGUAAAAGGCCAGGCUCUAGGUGCUUUGGCUUCUGGCGUAACGGAGUUGGGGAGGAGAUGUACUUACAAUCUGAAAUCAGAAGGGCCUGGUAAGGCAAAAGUUCAUUCUAGAUGGUUAGGGUAAGAAUAAGCUGUGCAAUCAACUGCUGUAGUGAAUUGUUUGUCGAAAAGAGUAAAUGUCUAUCUCUUAUGUACUACACACUAUUAAACAUUUAUUUGCUCUCUUCUUUUGCCUCAAGCUCCCUCUCAGCUCUCCGUUUCUGAGCCCAUGUUCCAAUUUCUGCCCAUAUACGUUCUUUUUCAGCUGGCGAUAACGUAGCAGCAAGACCACUUGUGCUGCUCGACACAAACACUUUAGAUCCCUCCCAUUCGCCCUCGAUCACACCCAUGUUCUCCGAUUCGUCCUGCCAGCCAUACUUGAAGGCCUUUCCAACAGGUUUGCCAUGUCUUACGCGCCAAAUACUCUCCCAGAUACUCUUACCCACCACGCAUACAGACUCGGGACGAUACUUGCGACACUUUUCGUGAAGAAUUUCAACCCCCUCGUCCAUCUCCUGCUUGCUAAGCUCAGAGCCAUUGCGACUGGGUCGGGCGACAAUGUUGGUGAAUCCCAUGGAGUACAGUUCAGGGAGUUGCCGAUCUUCGGUUGGACUGCAGAGACGUGGUGUAAGGCCGCUUGAGUAGAGGAGUUUCCAAAACAGGUUGGAGGGAUGAGCAUAUGCAUGGCCUGUUCGUGCUGUCUGUAUACCAGGGUUCAGACCGAUGAAGAGAACGAGAAGAUUCGAGGCGAUGGCAUCUGGCAGGCCAUUGAGAUGUGCGUAUGUUGAGGGAGGCGCGUAUCCAGAAGCCUGACGUGCUCUCUUUUUCUUUGGUUUAAUCUCUUUCUCUAUGUCUUCAGCCUCUCGCUCUUUGGUCCGCUUCGUUUUGGCGGCUGAAGCGGAUGAGGCUGGGGUCGAAGUGAUAGGAGUUGUGAAUCUCGGGGAUCUUCGUAUAGGGGAAGUCUGGCCAUUUGAAGAUUCAUUUGAUUUGAACAUGAAGUCACUCAUUUGAAGACGUCCCUUGAAGGUUGCUGGCUGAGGAGGCGAGCUUGAGAUGUCCUGCUCCUCUUUGACACCAUCGUCGCCUACAGGGUCUUGAAUAGUGGCCUCUUGGGCAGCUUUGCUUCUCGUCAUUGUGACUAGGUAGUCUGUUGGUGUAAGUGGGAGUAUGGGACAGUCUGGCGGUUUUUGACAGCCGGGGAAUAAUGAGACGGGUCAAAGAAUUCUGAUUGAACGGCAGAUAUGUAUUUAAAUACUCCUCGGAGAUCAACACAUCAUAUUUAUGAAUAUAUCACUCGAUAACUUUAGGCAACUGUUCUACAAGAUAAUGUGGUGGAACAGCGUGAAGACUGUUCUGGCGAUUUCGCCACAGGCAGCCAGAUCUGAAAGGUCUCUAGAGUGAGAAACAGGAGCUUUGGGCCCGACAAUAAAUUAGGGGUCUAAUAACUGGUUCCAGCUAAAAGUCCACCCUCAAGAGUCUACAUGAAUAUGUUCUUAAAUGAAAACACCUUGAUGACAUUGCAUAUUUUCCUCAUACUCACCAAAUGAAUCUUCGCUAUCCUUGGAUGUUGGGCUCCAUUACAUCUCCAUCAAAGUAUUACUGGUAGGCAAAAUAGUGCACGGAUUCUAUCGUAACCAAGGUGACCCAGGACCUGGCCUCCUGGCCCAGAGUGCUAUUUUCAGCACCUGAGAUCCAAUGUCAGCCGCCACAGCCACACAAAACAGCCCUGCCAGUUCGUGUCUGAGCUAUGGGCGUCAGUGUCAUGUUGGGGUUAUGAGACAAGUUGACGAUUACGAACCCUGCAGGUCCCUGACGAAAAUCUGGAUCAUUUUUCCUUUUCGUGAACAUCGCGGAUCC